UGAGUUUCCAAGAAAUACUGCUUAAUUGUGAAACUUGUGAUCUUCAGGAUACAAUUAUUUAUCAGCUGAAGAAGCGCUAUGCAGAUUUACAAAUGUAUACUUACGUUGGAGAUAUCUUAAUUGCAUUAAACCCCUUCCAAAAUCUCAGUAUAUAUUCUCCACAGUUUUCCAAGCUUUAUCAUGGUGUGAAGCGUUCCUCCAAUCCACCCCACAUAUUUGCAACUGCAGAUGCUGCUUACCAAGGAAUGAUUACUUUUAACAAAGACCAGUGCAUAAUCAUCAGUGGAGAAAGCGGUGCUGGGAAGACUGAAAGUGCCCAUCUCAUUGUGCAGCAUUUGACCUUCCUGGGAAAGGCAAACAAUCGUGCUUUGCGGGAGAAGAUCCUCCAAGUGAACCCUUUAGUCGAAGCAUUUGGGAAUGCGUGCACUGCUAUCAAUGAUAACUCUAGCCGUUUUGGGAAAUACUUGGAAAUGAUGUUCACACCAACUGGAGCUGUAAUGGGAGCAAAAAUCUCAGAAUACCUGCUAGAAAAGUCCAGAGUUAUAAAGCAAGCUUUAGGAGAAAAAAACUUCCAUAUAUUUUACUACAUUUAUGCUGGUCUUUAUCAUCAGAAGAAACUUUCUGAAUAUAAGCUCCCUGAGAAAAAGCCUCCCAGGUAUAUUGAUAAUGACACAGGAAAGGUGAUGCAUGAUAUUAUUAAUAAAGAAUCCUAUGGAACUCAGUUCGAAGCAAUAGAGCAUUGCUUUCAGAUCAUAGGAUUUACUAAAGAGGAAGUUCAUUCAGUGUAUCGAAUUUUGGCUGGGAUCUUAAAUACAGGAAACAUUGAAUUUGCUGCCAUUUCUUCACAACACCAAACUGAUAAAAGUGAAGUGCCCAAUAUGGAAGCCUUAGAUAAUGCUGCUGCACUACUGAGUAUUGGCUCAGAAGAACUUCAGGAAGCUCUUACCUCACAUUGUGUUGUCACAAGAGGUGAGACUAUUAUCCGAACAAAUACUGUGGACAAAGCAGCUGAUGUGCGAGAUGCCAUGUCAAAGGCUCUUUAUGGCCGACUCUUCAGUUGGAUUGUAAAUCGGAUUAAUACCCUGCUGCAGCCUGAUAAAAAUAUAUGCAAUGCUGAAAGUGGAAUGAAUGUUGGGAUAUUGGAUAUUUUUGGAUUUGAGAACUUCACAAGGAACUCAUUUGAACAGCUGUGCAUAAACAUUGCAAAUGAGCAGAUCCAAUUUUAUUUUAAUCAGCACAUAUUUGCACUUGAGCAGAUGGAAUAUCAAAAUGAAGGAAUUGAUGCUGUCUUAGUUGACUAUGAAGACAACAGACCACUCUUAGAUAUGUUCCUUCAGAAACCAAUGGGGUUACUUUCUCUACUGGAUGAAGAAAGCCGAUUUCCCCAAGCAACAGACCUAACUUUAGUUGAUAAAUUUGAAGAUAAUCUGCGAUGCAAGUACUUCUGGAGACCCAAACGAGUGGAGCUCUGUUUUGGCAUUCAGCAUUAUGCUGGAAAGGUUCAGUAUGAUGCUUAUGGCUUCCUUGAGAAGAACAGAGACACCCUUCCUGCUGACAUAAUGGUGGUAUUGAGGACUUCAGAGAACAGACUUCUUCAGCAGCUAUUUUCAAGCCCUUUGACCAAAACAG